CUGUUGAAAUUAAGGAUGCUUGGUAAAACAGUUUUGGUUACAAUUUUCCUGGCAUCAAUUUCUGUGACUUUUGCGAGUACCGUUGACCGCAUUUCUGAUUCUGACGAAAUAUACAGAAGGUUCGAUAAUCUAGAGAGAAGAAUCCAGACAUUGGAGUCUGAAAACAAACUGCUACGGGGAGAACUUGAGAAACAAAAUGUUUCUCUCGGUACUCUGAAAAGCGACCUUGCUACACAAUAUGGCAACCUUGACCUAUCACAAAGAACACUGAAGCAGGAUAUCAAGAACCAAUAUAUCCUGUUGUUGAAAACCCAGAACGAAGUAAAAACAAAUUAUACCGAACUCCGUUUCAAGAUAGACACAGAUGUCCGAGAAAUCAGGGACUCGUUGGCCGUGACUAAUGAAACAUUGCAAACUGUCACGGAUUUCCAAGGCAAAAAGCUCAUUCAGCUGGAAGGGACACUUGAAUCAUUAAAGAAUGAUGUCCGUAAUGUCAAUAGCAGAACUGGAGAGACCCCUCCAUCAUUUUAUGCUUUGCUGACCUCCACCGUUCCAAUUCGAGGAUCAAACCAAACCAUUAUUUACGACAAAACAGGAACAAACAACGGUAAUGCGUACAACACGUCUACUGGUAUCUUCACCGUGCCGGAAACAGGAACGUACGUCUUCACCUGGACCGCCUUCAGUUACGUCGAAGAGUACGUGCGUCUCGAAAUCGUUGUUGCGGGAACAAUAUAUGGCGGGACUCUAAGCGACACACAGGAAACAGGUGAUGCAGAUACGGAAACAGCCAUCGUUGUGGCCAAUGCAAAAGUCGGGGAUGAAGUAUUCAUUCGCACUCAGAGCCGGGGUCCAGGAGAUGGCCGCUUGUAUGUGGAAUUUGAGUGUACAUCGACAUUCUCCGGCUGGAAGAUUUCUUAAUUGUCGAGUUAGAGCUAUGUACAUAGUCGAUUUCAAGCUUCCAAGCUUUCAAGCUUUAUCUGAGGAGUCAACAAAUGUGUUGAAAUGAUGAAUUGAUUAUAAUUUCAAGGCUAUGAACUGGAUAAAAACAAUAUACUAUUAAUAUUUAGUAAUCUUUGUAAUGUACAGGACUUCUGAAAUCUUAUAUGAUCCAGUUUUUGCUUAAGUUUGCUGACCCCAUUUUUAAGUGACUACACUACAAGUGUUCUUGAGUGUUGGAGUUCUCUUCUUGUAAGGGUCUAACAAUUGUUUGUGUGUUUUCAUUUCUUUCCACUUUCAUUGAAAAGAAAAUUCCUUGUAAAAUA